AUGUCUGAUUCUAUCGCAACACAAGGUGCUCCAUCGACUGCGUCAGCUGACCAAGUCCAGCAAACAAAUACAGCUAAUGUCACAUCUUCAGUAACUAAAGACAAUAGAACCGCAGCGCAUACCCACAUUAAGGGAUUGGGUCUCGAUGAACAUGGCUAUGCAAAGAGGGUCGACGGAGGAUUUGUUGGCCAAACUGAGGCACGUGAAGCAUGUGGUAUCAUAGUUGAUUUGAUCAAAACCAAAAAGAUGAGUGGAAAAGCAAUGCUAUUAGCAGGUGGUCCCGGUACAGGUAAAACUGCAUUAGCAUUGGCAGUCUCACAAGAACUAGGUCCAAAGGUUCCUUUUUGCCCUAUUGUUGGAUCUGAGUUGUAUUCGGUAGAAGUUAAAAAGACGGAAGCUCUAAUGGAAAAUUUUAGAAAAGCUAUAGGUUUAAGAAUCAAGGAAACCAAAGAAGUUUACGAAGGUGAGAUUAUUGAGUUGACCCCAGAGGAAGCGGAAAAUCCUCUAGGUGGUUAUGGUAAAACUAUCAAACAUGUUUUGGUUGGUUUAAAGACAUCCAAAGGUACCAAGACCUUAAAAUUAGAUCCAUCCAUUUAUGAAUCUAUCCAAAAGGAGAAGGUUUCAGUUGGUGAUGUUGUAUACAUUGAGGCAAAUACUGGCGCAGUUAAGAGAGUUGGUAGGUCUGACGCAUAUGCAACAGAGUUUGAUUUAGAAGCGGAAGAAUACGUUCCUUUACCCAAGGGCGAAGUCCACAAAAAGAAAGAAAUUGUUCAAGAUAUAACAUUGCAUGAUUUGGAUGUUGCGAAUGCCAGACCUCAAGGUGGCCAGGACAUUCUCUCGAUGAUGGGGCAACUUCUCAAACCAAGAAAAACCGAAAUAACGGAGAAGUUGAGAAACGAAGUGAACAAGAUGGUUUCUAAGUAUAUUGAUCAAGGUGUUGCUGAGUUGGUUCCUGGCGUUUUAUUUAUUGAUGAGGUGAACAUGCUUGAUAUUGAAUGUUUUACAUAUCUAAAUAGAGCACUUGAAUCUUCAAUUGCACCAGUUGUAAUCCUUGCAUCCAAUAGAGGUUUAACCACUGUGAGGGGGGCAGAAGAUAUUAAAUCUCCACAUGGUAUCCCUCCUGAUUUAAUCGAUAGAUUACUCAUCGUGAAAACAGUGGCAUAUAACUUUGAGGAAACUAAACAAAUCAUUGCAAAGAGAUCCAAAACUGAGAGUAUUGUAUUAUCUGAAGCGGCCCUAGAAAAACUUUCAGAAGUUGCAACUAAAACAUCUCUGAGAUAUUCAUUACAGUUGUUGUCUCCAGCAAAUAUUUUAGCUGGAAUUAAUGGAAGAUCAGAAGUUACACCAGAAGAUAUUGCUGAAUGUCAAGUACUAUUUUUAGAUGCACAGCGUAGUACAAAAGUCUUAGAAAAUUCAACUGGUUACUUAUAA